ACUCUGAUCAAAUGGUGUUGCAAGAAUCGAAAAAUUGAUGAAGCCUUGAAUCUUUUUGAGGAAAUGACUUCCGAGGGAGUUAGGCCAAAUGUUUUUGCUUAUAAUACCUUGCUAUCUGGGCUUUUUAGGAACGGUAAUGUCAGACAUGCAAAAAUGCUAUUUGGGAGACUCAAUAUUGCUUGGGAAAUGUUCAACAGAUUACAUAGUAAUGGCUUUGUUCCAGAUGUUAUUACAUAUAACAUUAUAAUGCAUGGAUUUUGUAAGGAAGGAAAGUUAGAAAUGGCAAGUAAAUGUUUCUCAGAUAUGGAGCAAAAUGGUGUUGCGCCAGAUUUGGUCACUUUCAAUACGCUUAUGUCUGGUUUCUUGCAGAAUAAUGAGACUUUAAAAGUGGUGGAACUUCUUCACAAAAUGAAAGAGAGAAAUGUGAAACCAGAUGCAUCCAUAGGUUCAAUAAUAUUAGAUUUACUGGGAAAGCAUGAAGAUUAUCGUGAAGUCCUGAAUUUGCUACCAUCCUUUUCAACGCAAGAACCAACAGGAUGUUGGUUGUUGAGUAAAAUGCAUUUUCCAGGGGAGUAUAGCUUAUCAAGAGAGCCCUUGCAAACGUUAAAGUUUCCAUGUAAAGGAAAAUACUGACGAAGAUGCUCGUAAGGUUGUAGAUGGUUUAGCACCUAAGGCCACUGAUCAAAAUGAUGCUAUUGAGAAAUGGUAUGAACAUGAAUGUCUCAUCUGUGUACUCUUAGUGCUACUUGUAAUAUACAUACAUAAAUAUAGUCUCUACAUUUGUUCGUUUUUACCAA